AAAAGGUGAAAAAAUGGCGACGCGCACAGACUGCAUUUCUGCGCUGUUGCUCCUCUAAAAACUCCAGAAACUUUUUGUAAAACAUCGCGAAUGGGACAUCGGACUGCCCGAGGAGGAGUAUCUGCACUUUUUGGCGCGUUUUACCCGCGGGACUGGAGAGAAAUCAAAGUGGAAGUGUAGGUGUGUUUGCUGUCAGCAUGUUGGAAUCGGCCUGCCUGGACGGCUAUUUGACAGUCGGGUCGGAACCUCUGGAAACCAAGCGCCUGCUUCCCAAAAGAGAGAAAACUUGCUGUGACCAGGAGGCCAGCUUGACCGUGGGCCAGUAUGUGCUGUGCCGCUGGUCUGACGGCCUUUACUACCUGGGCAAGAUCCAGAGAAUGAGCACCUCAAAGCAGAGUUGCUUUGUGACGUUUGAAGACAACUCCAAGUUCUGGGUGCUUUGGAAAGACAUACAACAUGCGGGGGUCCCUGGGGAGGAACCCAAAUGCUCGGUAUGUUCUGACAUGUCUCUGGAUCCUGGUAAUGAAAUCCUUAUCUGUGGGAAGUGUGGAAUAGGCUACCAUCAGCUCUGUCAUUUGCCCCCGGUGGAGAGCUCAGCUGACCUGUCCCCAUGGUUCUGCAGGAAGUGCAUUUUUGCUUUAGCUGUGAGAAAAGGGGGAGCUCUGAAGAAAGGGCCGAUCUCUAAAGCGCUGCAGGCCAUGAAGCAGGUGCUGAGCUAUAAUCCAGACGAGCUGGAGUGGGACUCUUUGCAUCGUACAAACCAUCAACAGUGCUACUGUUACUGUGGAGGACCUGGAGAGUGGUACCUGAAAAUGCUGCAGUGUUUUCGCUGUGAGCAGUGGUUUCAUGAAGCGUGUACACAAUGCCUGCAGGAGUCCAUGAUGUUUGGAGAUAGGUUUUACUUGUUCAUUUGUGCGGUGUGCAAUAAAGGAGUGGAAUACAUCAAGCGGCUGGCUCUCAGAUGGGUGGAUGUCGUCCAUCUCGCCCUGUACAACCUUGGAGUUCAGAGUAAGAAAAAAUACUUUGAACUGGAAGAGAUCCUUGCCUUCAUCAGUAACAACUGGGAGCAUUUCCAGCUGGGCAAGCUCUCCAAUACCCCUCCAUCUGAAAGAGGCCAGUUUAUUCUUGAUGCCCUCAACAACUAUAAAAGCAAGUUUCUCUGUGGGAAGGAGAUCAAGAAGAGGAAAUGCAUUUUCCGACUAAGGACAAGAGUUCCACCGAACCCCCCCUCUAAAUUGUUCCCAGAGAAAGCCCAGUACAGUGAGGGUCACAGGGGCCGCAAGAAAGGGGCUAGCAGAAACAGUAAUUCUGUUCCUGCAGAGAAGAGGAAGAAGAGGUCCAAAUGGCUGCUGGAGGAUGCGAUUCCUAAUAAUGACCUCACUUCCACCUGGGGCACCAAUCAUCACAUGGCCAACAUCUUUGACUUCACGCUGGACGAGCUGCAGAGUUUAAAGAGUACUAGUUCAGGACGGACGUUCAGUUUGGACCAGGACUCCACUGACGCUGCCAGUACAUCUGGAUCCGCCACCACCAGCGUCUCCUACGACUUUAGGUACAUUUCAUUUUUCCAUGAACUGAUGCUUCUUCAAUCAGAUGGGAUAGAAUGCAGGAAAAAUGUGGGCAGUCGGAAAAGGAAGUUGCCCUCUUGUAACUACACUGUGCUGGCCACAAAGCGAGAGAUGGUGGAGAGUGAGCUUAGUCCGCUCAGCAUGCCUGGUGAGGAGAGCAACAAUAUGAUGGAGAACAGCAUCGACAGCCACACAUUUGAGAGCAUCAGUGAGGAUGACUCCUCACUAUCACACCUCAAGUCUUCCAUCACCAGCUAUUUUGGGGCGGCUGGCCGGCUCACCUGUGGGGAGAAGUAUCAGGUUUUGGCUCGUAGGAUCACACCUGAAGGCAAGGUGCAGUAUUUGGUGGAGUGGGAAGGAACUACACCUUACUAAAAGUCACAGAACAGGUGUCAAACAGAUGGCUGCAAAGGAAGGUGUCACUUGGCUCUCAAUAGAUUUUCUUUUUUUCUGCAUUGCUUUUCUGAAAGUCAUAGUUUCAGAGUCCUAGAUUAGUUUUGUUUUUUCCACAAAACACAUUUUACCAUCCACAUAGUUUUUUCCCCCUAGAAACAAAUGAUUAACUAAUAUUCUGGUCUUAUCUGAUGGAGGACCUUAAGGUCUUUUUUGUUUCUUGAAGUCAUUCACAGUGUCCUUUUGCUAGGGUACUUUAAACAUUAUAAACUUGAGCAGUCUGAUUUAGUUCAGACACAUAUACUAAUCUUACAUGGUAUAACAGCUGGUAUCAGUCAGUAGGUAGCAGAUAAAGGACAGUAUUAAAUAAUAUUAAGUCAUUUUCAAUUUAGUUGUGGGAUCCAAACAGUUUAAGAACAUUGACCCUAAGAGUUACAGUUCCAACUGGCCAUCAAAUCUCCACGGCAUCUAUUCUGAGUAGCUCUAGAUUUUUUUUCAUAGGUGUAAAAACCCAUCAGAAAAUAGUUCAUUUUUGUUAGAAUGAAAUGCUCCUUUGAUUAAGUUAAAGGUUUGAUUAAAGAAAUACUCGACCCAAGAAAUUAAAAUUCUGUCAUUAUUUACUCACCCUCAGACAGUAGGUGACUAAAUAAUGUGAUUCUUUUAAAUGAUUAUUCGUGGGUUUAAUAUGUAAAGUUAAGCUCAGUCGACAACA